AUGGAGUCGCUUUCUGAAACGCCAUGGGAUGUAACAAUCUCGGGCACCGGUCUGGCCCAGUCACUUUUGGCACUCGCCCUUUCUCGAUCUGGAAAGAAGGUACUUCAUGUUGACCGGAACCCUUAUUACGGAGGAUCAGAGGCAGCGUUCAGUCUGCAGGAAGCCCAGGAAUGGGCUACCAAAGUAAACGAGGAACCCGAACACUUUCCUUUUGAAGACGCAGCUGUCUACUUCCCGGAGGAUAAUACCCGGUUGUCAGCCUCCCGGGCAUAUACCCUGUCCCUCUCGCCGCAACUCAUCUAUUCUCGGUCUCGACUGCUGCCUACUUUAGUUUCUUCAAAGGUUUACCGCCAGCUAGAGUUUCAGGCGGUCGGAAGCUGGUGGAUCCACCAAACUUCGUCCGGUAAUGACAACGGCAGCGGGUCUUUGUACCGAGUACCAAGCAGUCGAGAAGAUAUCUUUGCGGAUGACUUGAUUACGAUCAAGUCCAAGCGGACUUUGAUGAGGUUUCUCCGUCAUAUCGGAAAGCCUGAAGAUGAUGAGGCAGGUCCCGAGGAGGAAGAUCUUACGUCUUCUCUCCCGGAGUACCUAAACUCGAAGUUUCACAUACCCGCUGAACUUCACGAUCCCUUGCUUUCUCUUGCAUUGUCACAAGCUGCGCCUCAUCAAACAUCUGCUGAAUUUGCGGUCCCUCGCAUCAAGCGACACCUUGCAUCCAUUGGCGUGUUCGGUCCUGGGUUCGGCGGCUUGUUGGCAAAAUGGGGCGGUGGUGCCGAGCUCUCCCAGGUCGGUUGCCGUGCCCUUGCUGUCGGCGGUGGGGUCUAUGUCUUGAAUGCUGGCAUCAAGUCUAUGAAUCCUCCCACUGAAACAGGGGAUGGAGUCGCGCGUGCUGAAGUACACCUGUCUAACGACGAGACGAUCAACUCCAAGUUUGUGCUUGGUUCUCAGUGGGACCUUCCUAAUCAGGAACGUCCUACUUGUGACAAAGUAGCUAAGUCAAUUACGAUUGUUUCGUCUCCCCUCGAGAACCUUUUCCCAGUCACAGCUGAAGGUGCACCCGUCCCUGCCGGAGCCGUGGUGGUAUUCCCAGCGAGCUCCUUGUGCCGGGCAGAUGACUCGCCCCCGGUCUAUAUCUUGGCACAUUCAAGCGAGACUGGGGAAUGCCCGUCAGGACAAAGUGUUCUGUAUGGCAGCGUUAGUAUCUCCGGUGCUGAGGGUCAAUCUCUGAUUGAGAACGCGAUCCAUAAGCUUCUCGAAUCAACUGUCGAUCCUGGUGCAGCUGUUCUAUGGUCACUGCGUUAUACGCAGUUGGGUCACGUCAGCACACAAGCCAGAGCGCAAGCUUCUUCGCUUACGCGUCUCUCCAAUGACACCUUUUGCUUCCCGCCGCCCAAUCUCGAUCUUGCUUUUGAUGAUAGCCUGAUCGACGUGGUUAAAGAAGCAUGGAGGCUAGUGAUGGGUGACCAAGCGAACGAGAGCGAAUUCAUGGAAUUCGAGGACCGUGAAGGUGCCUACGAAGAGGAUUGA